GCAUCACCAAACCGUUCCCACCACCACUUGCCCGGCUACAUGUGGGAGAAGAAACCUGCUGAGAGAAUCCAAGAGGAAAGAAAAAAAACCAAACAUUACUUUUUACUGCAUGGAAUAACUGCACUGAUUUGCCCCCCCUCCUCCACCAAGGCGUUAGAAGUGUAAACUAGUGAAAGUUAGAUGCCUGAGAGGAAAUUUGCAAGUCUGGACUGAACGACAAUGGAAUUUGUGAUCUCGUAACCUCGAGAAAUAACGUUAUCUGUCUCGGCUAAUUUGUCUGCGUAUAGAAGCACCGGUUGCGGACAAAUUGGAUACUCUGAAUGAAAGCAGUGAAAACGUGUUUGCUUGGCUGUAAAGAAGAGUAAACCAGCGUUUUGGGCAAGUGACUGAAGAGUUGCACACGGGACAAGGUCUGGUCUAAUCCUCUUUGGAGCCAUGGAAAGGUUGGGAAUGGCAGGAAAAGAGGAUUGAACUUCCACAGGUUGUGUCCAGAAGGAUGUGUUUUUAAACCCAAGCUGCUGAGUGGUCAAGAGGUGACAUGCCUCUAUAAAACACCACUGGAAACAAAUGCUCUGCUGCCAUGCCUACGGGGAUGGUGCGUCGUCUUUCAGUGUCAGCAGUCCAAACGCUGCUGUCGGUCCUGCUGCUAGCUGUCGGCUGGCCCUUCACUUCAUUACCCAAUGGUGUUGUCAAAGGAUCAGACUCCUCCCCCUCCAGUCUUUAUCCCACAUUUGUUCGGAAUGACACUCUGUUUGAGCACUUGGCCCUGCAUCCCGACACCAGAGUGGGUCGGGUCUACAUCGGGGCCCGAGAUUACCUGUUCCAGUUAGAUGAAUUCCUCCAACUUGAGCUUCAGGAUGACACUGGACCUGUCACAGACAGUCGGGAGUGCUUACCUCCCGUAACUGAGAGCAACUGCCCUCAGGCUAGGGUCACCAGCAACCACAACAAGCUCCUGCUGGUUGACCCUUACUCCAUGGAGCUUAUUACGUGCGGGAGUGUCAACCAAGGGAUCUGCCAGAAACGUAGUCUGGAUUCUGUGGAUAUGGUACUUUUCUCUACAGAGAGGCCUGUGGAUACCCAAUACGUAGCAGCUAACCACCCCAACAUUAGCACCGUGGGACUUGUGGUUCGCUCUCAUCCUGACAGGCAGCCGGUGCUAUUUGUGGGCCGGGGUUACACCAGCAGCCAUCCUCCUAUUUCCACACGAAAUCUUGCCCAGGAACCAGUCUUUUCUUACGAGGAGACUGCCAAAUUGGCUGUUGCUGGUCGUCUCUCAGAAUACGACCAUCAUUUUGUAGCAUCAUUUGCCCAUCGUCAGCACGUAUACUUCCUCUUCUACCGGCGGGACUUAAAGUCACAGUCACGCGAGUACCGCACCUAUGUGUCUCGUGUUUGUUUGGAUGACCAGGCCUAUUACUCCUAUGUGGAAAUACCCUUGACAUGCCGUUCCAGGGCAGGAAAAAUUUACAACCUCUUGCAAGCUGUCCAGCUAGGGCUCACCAAGGAUGGUGUAGUAGGUCAAGGCCCAGUAAUUCUUGGUGUCUUUUCCACUCGUUUGGCAUCAUCAACUCGGCCCAGUGAGGACUCUGCCCUCUGCAUGUUUAACCUCGAAGAGGUGGACCGCAGGAUUAAUUCCACCAGAGAUGUGUGCUACACACUGAUGGGUAAGGAAGCAGGAGUGGAGGCAGCAUACAUCGAGUACGAAGUCAAAUCCAACUGUGCCAACCUGCCAGAGAACACUCUGGACGCCUACCCAUGCGGCUCUGACCACACCCCCAGCCCGAUGGCCAGCAGGAUGGCCGUAGAAGCAGAGACCAUAUUGGACAGCCCGUCUGCCCGUCUCACUGCUGUUGCUGUCAGCGUAAGGGCGGGACAUACUAUUGCCUUCCUUGGAGACUCCAAAGGGAACCUGCACAAGGUGUUCCUGGGGCCAAACGGCGAAGUGGGGGAGUACGCCGUCAUCUCCAUUCAGCAGAACGCAGCUAUCAGUUCAGACCUCAUCCUGGACCAGAAAGAGGAACAUCUCUUCAUCAUGACUCAUAACAUGUUGCAGAAGAGGCCGGUGGCUGAAUGCCAGCAGCACCCAGACUGCCACUCCUGCCUGCUGGCCCACGACCCCUACUGUGGCUGGUGUGUCCUGGAGGGAAGGUGCAUUUUGCGCUCAGAGUGUUCUCGUGGGAACCAGCAAGGUCAGUGGCUAUGGAGCUUUGACAUGGAGCAGCAGUGUCUGGCCGUCCAGGACCUCAACCCAUCCAACGUCAGCAGGGAGGAGAGCAGGAUGGUGUCUCUGUCAGUCCCAGGACUUCCAGUGUUAGAGAAAGAUGAGUCCUACUUCUGCUUCUUCCAGGACAGCCGUAGCCCCGCCGUUAUCACCGAAUACGGGGUAACCUGCCAUUCUCCAGACAUCAGCCAAGUGCCUCUGGUGCCUCCAGGACAGGACUUUGUCACAGUCACCCUGUCUCUUCGCUUCGGCGAUGUCACAGUCACAGAGAGAGAUUUCACCUUCUACGACUGCACGGCUGUUAAGCAGCUGUCUGGCAGCAUGCCUUGCCGUGGUUGUGCUUUAAGCCGAUGGGGCUGCAACUGGUGUGUUCACCAGCACUUGUGUACCCACAAGCCCACCUGUGAGGAGGGGGUGAUCAUCUACAACCAACAUUUUAAACUCCCUACCUCAGCUCCUCCCACAACCAAACCUUUUAAAGUCCUCACAACACCCACUACCACAACAGCUGCCCUGACAACCACAACCAUGACAACAACCACCAUGUCACCAACAACAACAACUGUCGCUGCAACGACAACCGCAAACCCUGUCACUGUGGCAACCACUCAGCAGCCAACCACCCUUCCUGCGCCCACUAUUCCACCUACAACCACCACCAGCCCUGAGCCAACCACCCUGCCCACCACCCUGCCCCCUCAGCCUGCCAGCACCCUGCCAUCUACGCCACCAGCACCCACUACACCUCUACCCCCAGAGGUCUCCACCAGGAAGGAAGAAGAGACUGAAGCACGAGAGCUUGUUGUUGUCACCCAAAGUGACACAGACGGUGCUGCGAUUACACCCAGUGUUGUCAUGGUAGCCGUCACCAUGGCUGAUGGUGAUCUGGAGCCUGUGAUGCCUUUGAUCAUCCCGCCCCAUGACCUGGACUCCUCUUCCCUGGAGGUGGUGACAAACUCGCCCCCCAGCAACACCCAUGAAGCUGAGGGAGCUUUGAGCCUGGCAGAGCCUCCCACCCUGGCCUCAUCUGACUUCCCCCUGCCCACGCCCUUCCCUGUGGCUGAACCAGUGGACUCUCAACCCUCCCUUGACCUAGACUUGACCCAGACUCCCACUCCAGUGCCCACACGAGGCUUCCAGACUGAAGCAAGAAGCCCAGGCCCCGACCAUGAGGACCCUCAGGAAGAAGUAGACGUCCCCGCUGAGAGUGCCGUCCAGUCAGAAAAUGACACGGCCACAUUUUCAGCUGCCACUGUGUUGUCGGGCGAUGGUGAGGUUGAUCACACCUCCCCAUCCUUCUCCCACAUGGUGGAUACUGAUUUAGAGCUGGACUACCAGAAUGAUCCAGCUGAUGCCUUCCUCCCGGGGGACGAGGGCUCCUAUGUCAGCUGGGGUUCCUCCGCUUGUCCCUGUGUGGAGAAGGUCCAGGGUUCAUCACUGCUCCCCGUCAGAGUGGAGAGGAAGAUCACCUUACUGGCCCGCAACCUGCACCUCUAUCAGGACACAGAGCUGGACUAUGAGUGCGUGUUGGUCAUCGAGGGGCAGACCGUGGUGGUGGAUGCCUACGUAGAGACUGAUGACAUGAAUCCAUCGAACUUUGACAUCACCUGUCAGCUACACCAGUACACAUAUUCUGCUCCAGUGGAGGAAUACAAUGCCAUGGUGUAUGUGAAGAGGAGGGACACCUUCCAUGUGGACAGUUCUCCUGAUCUAUAUGUGACUCUGUACAACUGCUCUGUGAGCCGCUCUGAUUGCAGCCGCUGCCAUACUGCUGACCAGAAGUAUGGUUGUGUGUGGUGUGGCGGUGCUCAUGCCAGCUGUUUGUAUUCAGACUCCUGCAGUGAACCGGUCCAGCAGACAUGCCCUGCCCCUGUCAUCCACUCCAUUGAGCCACUCUCUGGUUCAUUAGAAGGCGGCACCAUGGUAACCAUCUCAGGCUCCAACCUGGGCCAGAAGGCGGAAGACAUCCUCCACUCUGUGUCAGUAGCUGGGGUGGACUGCACUGUCAUCCCCAGCCUCUACGAGGUCUCCUCCAGGAUUGUGUGCAGAACCAAAGCCAGUGGAGGAGAGAAGAAGGGCCAAGUGUCUGUUGAAGUGAGUGGAGGAGAGUUGGGCCUGUCCAGCGAAAUAUUCAGCUACCAGGACCCCUUUGUUAUGGGGGUCUUUCCUGGAAGGGGGCCCAAAGCUGGAGGAACAUCCCUGACAAUCACUGGCCGAAACCUGCUGACAGGACGUUCCUCUGACCUCACCAUCACUGUGGGAGGGGUGCCCUGUAAAAUUGUGUCAGAGGUGCAGAGCUCCAGUGUUCAGUGUGUGACAGGCAGCAGUAAUAAGACCGGAGAUCACAAGGUCACCCUGCAUUAUGGCAGCAGCCAGCGCCACCUCCACAGUUCAACCUACUGUUACACCGACAACCCCAACAUCACCCACGCCACACCGGCAAAGAGCUUUCUGGCUGGCGGUCGGCUGAUCUACGUGUCGGGCGAAUACCUGGAUGUGGUGCAGGAGCCGCAGAUGGUGGUGGCUGUCUCUCCCCUUGAGUCGGUCAGCCCGAAUAAAAGGAAGAAGCGAAGGAGAAGGAAGAGGAGGAGUGGAGAGCAAGGGGAGGACCGGGAGAAGACUUUGAGAAGGCCAGCGAGGAUGGUUCCUGACCCUGUCUGUCCCAGAGACCCACUCUGCUCUGUUGUCAAACAGUUCACGGAGCGCUGUGAGGUAAACUCCUCUUCCCUGAUCCUGUGCCGCUCUCCUAUGGUGGACUCUUCCAUCUGGGGGUCAAAGGUCACAGUAGAGUUUCUGCUGGACAACCUGCGCUUUGGCUUCGGCAGUCUCAACCCCCAGACCUUCAGCUACGAGCCCAACCCCGUCCUACGGCCCCUGAACCAACAGGACCCUUUAAAGGCCUACCGCUACAACCCCGGCAGCUUCAUCCAGCUGGAGGGGGAAAACCUGGACCUGGCUAUCACUAAGGACGAGGUGGUAGUGUUGGUCGGGGAGGGUGUGUGUGCUGUUAAGACCCUGACCAGAAACCAUCUGUACUGCGAGCCUCCGCCUCAGCAGCCUGCACCUGGACCCAACGGCAAGAAACGUGAAGGCUCUGAUAACCUGCCCGAAUUCACAGUCCAAAUGGGCAACCUGAACUUCUCCCUGGGUAAGGUUCAGUAUGACAACCUCAGCCUGUCCACUUUUCCCCUGGAGGCUCAGAUUGGAGUUGGAGUCGGGGCGUCCAUAGUAGCCCUCAUCGUCCUCAUCAUUGUGCUCAUUUACAGGAGAAAGAGUAAGCAGGCUCUGAGAGACUACAAGAAGGUCCAGAUCCAACUGGAGAACCUGGAGACCAGCGUGAGAGACCGCUGCAAGAAAGAGUUCACAGACCUGAUGACAGAGAUGAUGGACAUGUCCAGUGACCUGGUGGGCUCUGGCAUCCCUUUCCUUGACUAUCGGAUGUACGCUGAGCGCAUAUUCUUCCCUGGCCACCGGGAAUCUCCGCUGAGACGGGACCUGGACGUUCAGGAGUGUCGGCGGCAGACGGUGGAGCAGGGCUUGGUGCAAUUGUCCAACCUGCUUAACAGUAAACUCUUCCUCACCAAGUUCAUUCACACUCUGGAGAGCCAGCGGACUUUCUCUCCCAGGGACAGGGCCUACGUGGCCUCCCUGCUGACGGUGGCGCUGCAUGGCAAACUGGAGUAUUUCACUGACAUCCUCAAAACUCUCCUGAACGACCUGGUGGAACAGUAUGUGGCCAAGAACCCAAAGCUGAUGCUGCGACGAACAGAAACAGUGGUGGAGAAGCUGCUGACCAACUGGAUGUCCAUCUGCCUCUACGCUUUCCUCAGGGACUCAGCGGGGGAGUCUCUUUACAUGCUUUUCAGGGCCAUAAAGCACCAGGUAGAUAAAGGACCAGUGGACGCUGUGACCGGCAAGGCCAAGUACACCCUCAAUGACAACCGCCUGUUGCGAGAGGACGUGGAGUACAAGACCCUGACUCUAAAUGUUUUGGUGCAGGGUGGAGGAGUGAACGAGAGCCAGCCACUGCCCUCCAAAGUGCUGGACUGUGACACCAUUACACAGGUGAAAGAGAAGCUCCUGGAUCAGGUGUACAAGGGCACCUCCUUCUCCCACCGACCCCACGGCGAGUCAUUGGACCUUGAGUGGCGGUCUGGUGUUGCCGGUCAUCUCAUCCUGUCGGACGAGGACUUGACGUCUGUGGUUCAAGGCAACUGGAAACGCCUCAACACACUGCAGCACUACAAGGUCCCAGACGGUGCAACAGUAGCACUGGUUCCUCGCCACACCAAAAACAUUCACCAUGACAACCAUGACUACGUGGCAGGAGAGAAGACUCCAAUGCUGGAGGAUGCAGAUGAAGGCGGAGUGAGGCUGUGGCAUCUAGUGAAAGCUAGUGAAGAGCCUGAGCUGCCCAAACACCGCAGAGGCAGCCUGAGGGAGAGAGAGAGGGCCAAGGCCAUCCCUGAGAUCUACCUGACCCGCCUGCUGUCCAUGAAGGGGACGUUGCAGAAGUUUGUAGACGAUCUGUUCACCGUGAUCCUCAGCACCAGUCGUCCUGUCCCGCUGGCUGUCAAAUACUUCUUUGACCUGCUGGACGACCAGGCAGGACAACACGGCAUCUCUGACCCAGAGACCAUCCACAUUUGGAAAACCAACAGCCUGCCUCUGCGUUUUUGGAUCAACAUUGUGAAGAACCCUCAGUUUAUCUUUGACGUCCAGGCGUCGGACCACGUGGACGCUGUGCUCUCUGUCAUCGCCCAGACCUUCAUGGACUCCUGCACCAUCGCUGAGCACAAGCUGGGACGGGACUCUCCCAUCAACAAGCUGCUGUAUGCCAGAGACAUCCCCCGCUACAAACAGAUGGUAGAAAGGUACUAUGCUGACAUCAGGCAGACCAUCUCAGCCAGUGACCAGGAGAUGAACUCUGCUCUGGCUGAACUGUCCAGGAACUACUCUGGAGAGCUGAAUUACCUGGUCGCACUGCAUGAGCUGUACAAGUACAUCAACAAAUACUAUGACCAGAUCAUUACGGCACUGGAGGAGGACACCACGGCCCAGAAGAUGCAACUGGGCUACAGAUUGCAGCAGAUCGCAGCUGCCGUGGAGAAUAAAGUCACCGACUUGUGACAGAAGAAACGCCUACCAGAGCCUUGGCAGAGUAGGUUAGGAGCGUGAAAGUGAAUUAAGAGACUUGCACCCUGCGGGUUGAGUCGAAAAGCAGGAGAGCAAGAGACAGACAAAUAAGAAGACAGUACCAACCUUCCUUUCAGGAGGAAGGGUUGGAGUCGAGGAGCCGUGAGCUUUCAGUUCACAUUCCAGCACCUUCUGUCCUGUUUUGUUGUUGGCUAAGGAGACAUCGGUCAGACGCUGAGCUCUCUGUAGUAGCAGGACAACACGUGGACACAGAACAAAAAAGAAAGAGGGGAUGUGUAAAAGACUAGUCGGGCCUGCUGUCCCUCCAUUGACUUUCUGAAGAGACAUUUGGAGGAAGAACUGAGUGUUUUAACUCUCAAACUUUUCCAUCUUACACAGCAGCUCUCGUGCAAAGGAAACCAGCUGCUCCACAGUCAGCUGAUCUGAUCUGAAAAAUUAUUAAAGAAGGAUUUUAUGUCAGUUUCCCUUCUGUAGUGAAUUUUAUGAAGCGGUACCUCUUAUGCCUUGUGUGCUUGUCGCUGCUGUACGGUCAAAAGUCACAUGCCUGUGUGCGUGUGCGUGUGCACGCGCGCACCGUUAUCCAUAUUGCCCUGGCUGUAUUUUGUAUUUUCGCAUUUCUGGUUUCUAGUACAAAGUAAUGAAGUAAUUGUUCAUCAUCAUCAAGUAUAUUUUAGAUGUUUAAGUCUGAAUGUAUAUUCAGAAAAUAGUGAAAUCAGCUUCAAGAUUUUCUUCUCUGAAAUGGAGAUGUUUAAGAAAGAAGCCUUGGUCACAACAUUGUUUAUAACCCCCAUUUACUUAAAGCCAAUUGCUGAGAGUUUAAUAAGUAACUGCCACUCUACCUCAGCCUACUGUGCUGCAUCAAAUACUCUGUUUUUUCGUGAUGAUGUUGACACUACUAGGUACAUUUCAACCAGCUAUAACUACCAGUACAGCAGCACAGCGCACAUCUGCCCUCAUGCACAUAUACAGAAACACCUGCUGGACAUACAUUUGCAGUAGUACACACACACACACACACACACACACACAUAUACACACAUAUAUACACACACACACACACACACACACACACACACACACACACACACACACACACACACACACACACACACACACACACACACACACACACACAGAGAGAUACAUUUCAGACAUUUCUAGUUAUUAUUUUCUUUCCUUUUAAGUGAGAUUGGAAAUCAGAACCUGCUCAUUGGGGCAUUUUAAGGUACCUAAACCCUGACCGUUCAUUUUUGUUUCUUACUGUUGGAUGUGUCCAUAGUCACUGGAAAGAUGUUAGAGGAAAAAAAAAUCCUUCCAUAAAGUAACUCGUAUUAAUUAAGUGGAAUCUUUGUGUGCGCCGCCCUGUUUUAUUUUGCAAGUCAGUCAUAUUUCCAUUGUGUACAUUUUUUAAACAUUCCUUUUAGGUUUUGAACAAACGUAUUAAAUCAUGGUUCACCUUGUUCCACUUCAAGCUGAGUUAAAGGUACGUGUUGAUAUAUUUUGGUAUUGACAUCAUGGUAUACAGUUCUUGUAUUGAACACAGGGUGACACUGCUUCAUUUGCUGAAGGUCUAUAUGGCAUUUUUGUUUUGUUAAGUUGAUACAGGUUAUGUAUUGAUUAUACUACUACUGGCUCAGUAGCUAUAGUUGAUCUUGUCACACUGCUUUUGGUUGGAGCACAGAGACCUUAUAUACAUGAGCUAAUGUUUGCUGAUUUUAUUUUUCCUUAUUUAAAUGACAAAGACUGAGAUGGCUUUCUGGUGCUGGAGGGGCUGGCUAUGGUUGGACAUUUGUUGAUGACGGUCUGGUAUCAAAGUCUGUUUCCUUUAAAUGGUGUCUCUCUCGGCACCGCCCUUUGUGCUUCGGGCUCAGUUUAGGUUAAUGUUGAGGUUAUGGUCAGGCAUUGCAGACAUAACUGGUUGGGUUCAGUUGAGUGCAAGGAGAAACCCAAAUAGACAGGGAAACGGAUUUUGACACAACACCAAUACCAGUAGUUUUAGUAUGUCAUAGUUUCAAUACCAAAAUAUUGAAGUUGUUCAAUACCUUACUUUGCAGAAUAUAUACAUUUCAGUGUCACACUAAAAGAAGACUGAGAAUCUGACCAAACUCAAUUACUAUUUAACAGUUUCUCACUACUCAAGUCAGUGCUAUAUACACAGUCUAGUCCACGAUUUAAAAGUAAUGUGGUUUGAUACCCAGCCCUAGUCGUCAACGACCAAAAAAAGAUGACCGUGAAAAGGAUUAGUUUUUCUGAUCUGUCUCAUUUCUGUCCAUGUCCCCCUUGAAGAGUGUUGAUGUGUGUCAUUUGAGCCUGAAGUGUGUUAUUCCCAGAUCCAGGCUCAGAAUGUAGCGCAUAGGUUUAUCACUACAUUGCUUAACACACACAAGCAACUACAGAUUCAUACGAACAGAUGGUUUGUUCUGUCAUACACUGUCACUUCUGCUGGGGGUUAAAGCUUAAUGAUGAUAAGGACAAGCCAACUGAGAAAAGACUAUAACUGUGUUAGGCUGUAUACAUUUGGCAAUGUAGAGCAGGCUCUGCAAGGAGCGCUUUUAAGGAUGUUUCUUAUUUUGUGUGUUAACACCAUUGUGCAUACUGAUUUAAAAUGUAACUGUAGUGAUUUAACCUGUUUAAUAAGAGAAGGUGUAACUUCUCACAGAUGGUGAUGUAAUAAAGUAUUCUUAAAAUGA